CUUACUCCCUGCACCAGUUAGGAUGGCGGCUGUAUCCAUGGCGGCUUCUCGCGGAAUUCGCGACCUUCUAACCGGGCGACUGAUAGCCUCCUCGCACCAGGGCUUCAAUCUUAGCUUUCGCCCCCUUGGAUCCUCUGCGCAAGACCAGGCUUCCAGAACAGACCUCAGUGAAGCUCCAGACCACAGCUAUGAGUCUCUUCGAGUGACACCUGCUCAGAAGCACAUUCUGCAUGUGCAGCUCAACCGACCGGAAAAAAGGAAUGCGAUGAACAAGGUCUUCUGGAGGGAGAUGGUGGAGUGCUUCAGCAAGAUAGCUAAAGACACCGACUGUCGGGCUGUGGUGAUCUCUGGUGCAGGAAAAGUGUUCACUGCAGGUAUUGACCUCAUGGACUUGGCUUCGGACCUCCUGCAGCCCCAAGGAGAUGAUCCUGCCCGCAUCAGCUGGUACCUGCGUAACCUCAUCACCCAGUAUCAGGAGACCUUCAGUGUCAUUGAGAAGUGCCCCAAGCCCGUGAUUGCCGCCAUCCAAGGGGGCUGCAUUGGAGGAGGUGUGGACCUUGUCACUGCCUGUGACAUCCGCUACUGUGCCCAGGAUGCUUUCUUCCAGGUGAAGGAGGUGGAUGUGGGUUUGGCUGCUGAUGUGGGAACUCUGCAGCGACUGCCCAAGGUCAUCGGGAGCCAGAGCCUGGUCAACGAGCUGGCCUUCACCGCCCGCAAGAUGAUGGCUGACGAGGCCCUAAGCAGUGGGCUGGUCAGCCGGGUGUUUCCAGACAAGGAGGUCAUGCUCGAUGCGGCCUUUGCCCUAGCGGCAGAGAUUUCUAGCAAGAGCCCAGUGGCAGUGCAGAGCACUAAAGUCAACCUGCUCUACUCCCGGGACCAUUCCGUAGUUGAGAGCCUCAACUAUAUGGCGACCUGGAACAUGAGCAUGCUGCAGACCCAGGACCUUGUGAAGUCUGUGCAGGCAAUGAUGGAGAAGAAGGAACUGAAAAGCGUCAACUUCUCCAAGCUUUGAGAGUCCGCUAGUUCCGGGCUUUGGCUCUGAGUCUGGCCAAGGCCCGCCUCACCCCUGCGUUGUCAUCUGACGGAGGGAGAUUGGCGAAGUUGUCGUUUCAGUGCCUUCACUUCUAGUCUCACAGUUUGUAAUCUUACGACCUUGAUUUCAUGCACAGUAUCUGGGUUUUGAGCACACUUAUAACUUAGAUUCAGAUUCAAACUGUACAAAAGCAAUUCAUAUAACUGUGUAAAAUAGGUGUACCCCCGGAAUAUUCUGAAAUUUAAAAAAAGAUACAUAUCUAGCCAGGCGCUGUGGCGGGCGCCUGUAGUCCCAGCUACUCGGGAGGCUGAGGCAGGAGAAUCGCCUAAGCCCAGGAGUUGGAGGUUGCUGUGAGCUGUGUGAGGCCACGGCACUCUACCGAGGGCCAUAAAGUGAGACUCUGUCUCUACAAAAAAAAAAAAAAAGAUACGUAUCAUUUUUGCUGUGUCAAAAUAUACCCAAGGAACUCAUAUAAUCGUUUUAUUUUAUUUUCAAACUUCUAAACAGUAUUAAGUGCCAUUAAAUAUAAUAGUGUCAAUUAAAUGUAAUAAUGUCAAUUUCAUCUUUAAAAAAAAAAAAAGAAUGAUUUCCACAAGCCCAGGGCCUUAUCUUCACCUUAUGAACAAUAAAGCAAUGUA